AUGGCUCCCCACUUCAUUGACGAUAAAACUGAGAUUUGCCUCCCCUUCAUCCUCUCUCAGCUCAAACUCCACCGCGAAGAGUCUCCCGACCGUCCCUUUGUCAUCGGUCUCAAUGGUAUCCAGGGUGCUGGCAAGUCUACUCUUGUCAAGUCCUUGAGUAAGGCUCUGGAGGCUCAGAAUGUCCCUACUCUAGUCUGUAGCAUAGACGAAUUCUACCUCACUCGUCAGGACCAAGUUGCUCUGGCUGAGUCUGAUCCUGAAAAUGCCCUCAUUCAACAUCGUGGAGAGCCAGGAACUCAUGAUCUGCCUCUGGCAAAAGCCUUCUUUGAGGCAGUACUAAAAGGAGAACCUGCAAAACUACCAAAGUACGACAAGGCCAUUAAUGGUGGUAAAGGAGAUCGACUUCCCGAGUCAGAAUGGACUCCGGUAAACCAGCCUGAUCAGCCCAAAAUCCAGGCCAUUAUUCUCGAGGGAUGGUGUGUAGGCUUCCGCCCCUUAACGCAAGAGGGCGUAGAAGCCAGACUCAACAUGCCCAACCGAACUCUUAAAGCGCAUAAGCUUGAGCAUCUCCUAUUCGUCAACGAGAAGCUAUUGGAGUACGACAGCCUCACAGAUUCCUUUGACGCCUUUAUUCAGAUCGACGCCGAAGACCUUGGCUAUGUGUAUGGCUGGAGACUAGAGCAAGAGGAUCACCUGCGUGAGGAAAGGGGUGACCCAGAAGCUGGAAUGUGUUCACAAGAGGUCGUCAAAUUCGUCGACGGUUAUUACCCCGCUUACGAACUCUACACCGAUAGAAUGCGAAAAGGAGUCCUGGCCAACCGACCAGGUCGUCAAUUGCGAAUGGUGGUAGGCCGUGACAGAAAAGUAAAGCAUGUCCGAAGGGUCUGA